GGCCGUUGAUCGGCUCUCGAGGGGGGUUGCGGUUCGCAAGUACAAGUGACACACAAGCGGUAACUGAGCUGCCGCAACAUGUCGACGUAAUGGGAGAACGUGACCACUUCGUGUCACACGGGGAGUUUGAUUUGUUUGUGGCUUGCAGACAGCGCUUGUCAGUGUUCUCUAGCUCGCACACCCCCUAUCUAGUCCGUGGAAGGUUACUCAUGUCGCGGCGCAUGAAGCCUCGUCCCUCUGAUGGGGGCUUGAGGCCCGACCACAUUCCAGUGCGAGAUGACGAUGACGACGAGCAUCUACACUCAUCACACUACCGAGACUCAUUCGAAAACCUUCCAUCACGACAAGCCCCUGCCCAGAGAUUAGACGGGUCACCUCAGAACAAUGCGCAAUAUGCUCCCGUCUACAACGACGAGGAUAUCUACGACGAUGGUGAGGAUGAUGAUGAUGCUGAUUUCUAUGGGGAUCCCAACACACCUCCCCGACCAAAUGUGCUACUUCCACAACAACAUCCCCAACAGCUCUAUACGCCUGCUCCUAUCAAUGCCUCUCAAGCCGGCCCCCAGCAGAAUCAUCUCCAACGGACGCCUUCUCCGCCCCCACUCUUAGACCAUUCUCACUUGCAACCCGGCGAUAACGCUUCACUCCUCUCCUACGAGCGAACUUUGGCCUUAUACCGUGAAAACGCGAAGAAGACUAACCUUCCUGGCACUCAGUACGAAUUCGCCGUAUUUAUGUUAGACGCCGUGAAGAGUUUGCCCAUCCCGACCCUUAAAACGGCAAAUCAAAUCGAGAUUGAGAAAGUCACAGAGAAACGAGAUGAUAUGAUACGCGAAGCAACUUUACUCUUGAAAAGGCUCGCAGAUCGUGGACAUUCGGAGUCUCAGUACUUCCUAGCUGACUGCUACUCGAACGGGAUUGGCACUGUGAAGGGGCGACAAGAUUUUGAUCGUGCAUUCCCUCUAUUCGUUCUUGCCGCCAAGCACGGUCAUCCUGAUGCUGCCUACCGGGCUGGUACGUGUUGCGAGAAUGGUUGGGGGUGCCGACGCGAAUCUAGCAAGGCCGUUCAAUUCUACAAGAAGAGUGCGGCGGCGUUGCACCCAGGUGCAAUGUAUCGACUCGGAAUCGCGGAACUCAAUGGUGAAUUAGGGUUGACCAAGAGCCCUAAGGAAGGUGUGAAGUGGUUAAUGCGUUCUGCUGAGCACGCUACGGCCGAAUUCCCACAUGCGUUACACGAGUUAGCGCUACUUCAUGAACGGGGCGUAGAGAACGUGGUAUUUGUGGACUUUGAGUAUUCUGUGGAGCUUCUCGCACAGGCUGCUGAGCUGGGGUAUGCACCGAGUGCAUACAGGCUGGGUGAGUGUUAUGAAUACGGCAAACUUGGUUGCCCCCAGGACCCUGCAUUGUCAAUCCAUUACUAUAAUAUUGCUGCGCAGCAGAAUCACCGUGAUGCAUGCUUCGCAUUAACCGCCUGGUAUCUUGUCGGCUCGCCAGGCGUCCUACCUCAAUCCGACACGGAAGCUUACUUAUGGGCCAAGAAGGCGGCUGAGCAAGGCCUCACUAAAGCUCAAUAUGCCAUUGGGUACUUUACAGAGGUCUGUCUCUCACCAUUGCAAAAUGAUUCCAACACAACCUCAAACUGCGUUGCGCGUCUUAGGUUGGUGUUGGCGUCACUCCUUCCCCACCAGAGUAAGGCUUGAUUGGGAUUACGGCAUGAUCGGCUAACUGAUAACGUUUAAUUUUCAGAGCCGUGCAGUGGUAUAAGAAGGCUGCAGAGGCUGGCGACAAACGUGCGAUACAACGGUUACGUAACUCAGGUAGUUCACAACC